AUGGUCGCGAGCGCAACGGCCGCGGAUGGAAAUCGUCGACGACGCGGGCGCGUCGCGACGCGCGCGGGACGCGACGCGCGCGCGGGGGUGUCGGUAUGCGUCUCGAUCGCGCUCGGGCUCGCGGGGACGGCGCGCGCGGCGUACCCGAGCGCGUGCGCGGGCGCGCUGGUGGACGCGACGUCGACGGAGCGGGCGAACGCGACGGCGGCGCCGGGGGAGCUCACGGGCGAGGUCGGGGAGUGGUGGACGCACGCGCUGACGGGGACGUCGACUAUGAAGCGGUGUUUCUCUGAUUGGACGUUCGCUCGAGCGAGCUCGGAGACGGGGACGUGGACGCCGUUGGCGUGGCCGCCCGGGAGCGCGACGACGAACGAGACUUCGAUUCCGAGCGCGACGUUUGUGAUCAUUCCGGGCACGGGCGGCGCGGACGCGGUGCUCAGACCGGAUGCAGAGGGAAUGUACGCGGUUGCGCUCGUGGAUUCGAGCGGGUGCCGGAAGAGUCGCGUGGUGGAGGUGAAGGCGACGUGGACGUGCGAGCCGGUUGGAACGAACGACGCCAUGGUGGCCGUAUUCGUGGCGUUCGCCGCCGCUUGCGCGUUUUUCUUUGCUAAAAGUCUCGCGCCGUCGAAUUUUGAGGACGAGCGUAAUGUCUUAUGCGACGUCAAGGCGGCGUAUGGGAUGAUUGGACGCGCCGAGGAACAGGCUGAGGAAGACGAAGGAUACAAGCGUGAGCUCAGGGACACGCUCGCGGAGAUCGAGAGCAACCAUCUCACCGACGUCACGAAACUUGAUUUACAGAAAGAUUUGAGGGAUAUGCUCGUCGAAAGAAAGAGGGCGGCCAGAGAACGAGAGGCGAAGGCGUCUGGAAUGUGGAACGAGACCGAAGAAGAAUUCCAGAGAACCUUGUACGAACGGGAGAGAGCAUUGCGCAAGCGGACAAGGUUUAUGGAACAAGUUUCGUACGGUAUUUCAAAGAGCAUGGCGGACGUGAACUACCAAUUUCGAAUGAAUCGUGCGAAGACUUCGAUUUACGUCAAGUACAAUCUAUCGCGGCUCUUCAAGAAGGAGUAUUGGUGCAUGACUUUGUUGCAAUUCCAACUGCGUGUCGAGUUGCUAGCUUUCACGGCUUUCGCGUGGCGCCGAACGAGUCAUUCGAACGAAAUGUACCGCGAUGGCGUGGCCGAUGUGUUGUUUUAUCCUAAUCUAUUCGGCCCAGGGAUGAAGGCCACUGGAGCGGCCGAUCGAUUGACGAAUUGGUUCUUCGUACUCCUAUUUGGCGCUGUGAUUUGCCCGGUCGUCGUCAAGAUUUUCAGCCGCGUGCGAGACCACUUCGACAAGUGCAUGUGGACUUACGCUGAAUUCGUGGAGAUGGGAGGGGAUCGAACUGCGGCUGUUUAUUUAACAGAUGAUGAUGUAGAGGGUGGUGCUGUCGAGAUGGACGAACCGGGUAGUGAAAAGUUGAGCCGAAUGGCCAGAGUGCUGAUUAUUUUUUCGGCGCUGAGACGAUGGAUACUGUUUCUGCCACCAGUGAUUCCUGAUGACUUUGAUCCGGUGCGCAAGCCGGAAAAGUAUCGUAAAAAGAUAGUUCCAGACGAUGCGUGGAAAACGGCCGAGGCUGAGGAUAUCUUGCGCGCCGUGCGCGUGGAGAUUUCAUCGCCAAUCAACAUGCGAGUGUUACCGCGGAGGGCAGCAGAUCGCAUGCAGCUCGUGGCAAAACUGGCUAUCAAAAGUAGGUUAAGAUCGCGAAGAUUCGGUGCCUUGUCCGAUUUUAUUGAAGGUAUUGGCUACGUCUUGCGCGUGUUCGUUCUACGCGUUGCUUUAGCGCCGAUGCUGUUCGCGGCUCUGGGUCUCCUCAUGGUGACAAGUUCGUUUGUGCCGACGCCGUGGGUGCACGCAUCAAAGGAUAUAUCUUCAGCCCCAGGUGACAAUUUGUUCUUCGCGUUAUUUCUCGGUUUAGGUGCGAUUGCAGUUUCUAUGAAGAUGGCGGUGGAUUCGGAGCUGCUUGAUUUAGAUUUACGUCCAGUGCCAAUUUUCGAAAUUGUCAACGUAUGUCUUAAAGUGCUGCUGUGCUGCAUCACGGCGUACAUGGAAGCCGAGCUUCCGGACCUGGGUGUGCCCGCACUCAACGCAGAGGCUCGAAUAACGUCUUUGCAUACGUUCCAAAAUUUUCUUCCAAUUCUAGUGUGCGUUAUUUUGCUCUUUACGCACCUAAAAAUUCAAUCUUUGCGUGGCUUCGGGCACAUUUGGAACGGGAAGAGAUUGAGCGGAUUUGCAGGCUCGGCCAUGUUCUUUAUUGUGACGUUCAGCGCACGAAUCGUCAACGAACCUCCACCGUGGGCAUCGCGCGCUACGAUUCCCCACCGCGGAGCUUCAAAUUGGGGUCGUCCUGGCGUCAUAAUCGGCAUCAUCACAGCGCUGGUGGCCAUGGGACUGGCGCGCAUCGCGAAUAGCAAGCACGAGUACAAGUGCUUGCGAAAGGAGCUGAAGGCUAUUGGUGAGCCGAAAAACAUUGGCAAAACGGAAGACAUCCUGACGCCCGAGUUUAUGACUGAGCAAAUUGAAUCGGAACAUCGAAGAGAUCGAGUCACUGCGCUGGUUGCUUUUUACAGCCUUUUGGAUCCUGAGCAGAGUGCCCGCAUACUGAAGUCAUUGGUAGACAAGACGAAAUUACCGAGAUCACAAGAUACAACGGACGGCGAGGAUACAAAUGACAAUGACGAAGCGUGGACUACGGCGAAAGACGCGUUUGAAGAGCUAGCGAUCAUCGUGAGCUGUAUCUCCAAUGACCCGGCGCAGGAGUUUUUAAGGACAGCUGGUGAAGAGUUUCUCAAGGGUGCGUUCCUUUCGUACAUUGAAGGAACGAUACAGAUGACUUUGUGGUGCAAAGAAGAAAGUUCCUUUUUGGCUUACGAAGCCGUGCACAAACUGGUCACCCUGGCGAGGGAUUGUAUGAAGAGCGGAGAAACAAAAAGUUUCCAGGCCACCAUAGCGUCGGUGACGAUGGAGUGCAUCCAGUCGCUGGACUUCGCCUACCUCAUGUCCACGCUCCUAUUCAACGAUCAUGACAUCAAGUUGGACGUAUACGGAGACGGCUACGCUGUCUCUGCGAGGACGCUUCGACGAAUGAUAGACGAUGCGUUUGAGAUCGAACCAAGACCUGUGGCGAAGAAGCUCGAUCGCCCCAUCACUCACGUUCGUGAUCCCGUUACAGAUGAGAUUCGGAAACUCGACAGAGUGGAACGCGUGAUGUAUAUUGCUCGCAGUUGGCUGCGACCGGCUCUGAAAACACCAGAGCCGGAGUUGAACUGGCUCACAUCGAUGGGCUACUACGCCACUGUUGGUAAAUUGCAGGCUGAGACGGACGGGGAGCGCAUCGAAAUCGCUCACGACUUCUUGAUGACUUUGUUGCGGGCAUCGCUGAGCACGGACGAGCAAGUGUCUUACUUCGCGAUACGAACGAUUUCUACGCUAGUGCGCGUCGGCGACGCCGCGGCGAGCGUUUUCCAAGUUGAUGGGUUAUCCCUGCUCUUUGAGUGCAGAGACGCAAACGUGGGCACGUCAAAGGAGACCUUCAUCUCAGAUAUCAUCUACGGGCUGACGAACGACGCAAAUAGUAGGUCCGAGUACCUGACGGCUCUGGCGAGCAUUCUCGUCGAGCCACCUGUCGAAGAUGAGCGGUAUAAGCUGAAUGCCAUCGAGCUGUUACAUCAAGCCUUGAAAUUGGAGAUGAGCGCCGUGUACAAAGUGAUGCGGUUGAGGUCUGACGAAACGAAAAUGAAAUAUAAGGCAUCGAUGACUCCGGAGUCGGCUCUGUAUGCACACGAUGCUUUAUACGGAAUGCUCAUCGACACCUCGCCAGAAGUGCGAGAGCACUGCGUGUACGCAUUGGUAGAUUUAAUCACGUUGUUUGUGUGGGGAUCACGCGGCGAAUUUUACGUCUUCACUCCACCCGUGACAAAGGAGUACCAGGAAGUGGCGUUCGAAAAAUUCUUGGAUGAAGCAAAAAGAAAGAUGCCAGGCGGCGCAUUAAUGUCAACGAGUAUGUAUCGCCAUCUGCAUCGGAAAAAAAUGACAGAUAGCCCACAGAAAGACGCCGACAAACUCCUCGCGGUGUUGUUGAAGGUUUUCAACACCGACGGCGACUCCCAAGUGCGAGGGGCAGCUGAAAAUGCUUUGAAAGACGUGAAAGCUCUGAUGUCUGAAGAGCAAGCGGCGGAGUCACUAGCUCUAUACGAUGAAAAGACGGACCCGCGUGACGCAAGAGGAUCAGCCCCUUCGCGGAAGAUUUUGCGUGAAGUGACUGCCGCGAUACACGCCUCGGUCGAGAGGCAACACGAACAGGAUGCGACCGCGUCCAAGCUUCGAAUGAACGAGUUUUGGCGUAAAAUGAAGGAAAGGAGUAACGUAAAUACUACAUCUCAACCUCGCGUAUCCACGAAAGGAGGAAAAGUCGAAGUGACCGCACGCGACAAAGAGCUUACGACCCGCUCAACGCCUGGCGGGCGUCUACCUAUCGUUAAGGAUUCUAUUGGCUUCAAGAGAAGAGACAAAUACGCCGCGGCAGUGAUUGUACGUCACCCACCGCCAGCUUCCGAGCACGAUGCGCUCGAUCGUCAGAAAAAGGAGAGAAGUGCGAUCAGGGCAAAGCGACUAAUAGCGAGAGAAGCGACUCAGGAGCGAUGGUACGGAGGAGAAAACUUCUCACGAAACCAACGUGCAGCGUCGAUUUCGAACGAUAUCGUGGAGCCGAAGAAGAGCGCCAUGUCGAAGAUCGACGAACUCAAUAAGAGACCCACAAUCACUCCGCCGUCGUACGGGCUCACUCGACUCCCGAAAGAGUUUAGGACAAGACCAAGAAAAUUAGAAGAAUAG